CAGUUUCAAGCCGACCACAUCCGAUCAACUUCAUCAAUCUGAUAUGGAGCGAAAGAUCAUUAUCUAAUAGACAGUUCUGAACCUCAUUCUAAUAAUUGGGCGUCACUGCAAAGAAGUGAAUUUGCUUUGCAUCUGUGAGUUAGAAUCCCAAAAAAUGGCCACUCGCAAAAGGAGAUCUGUAGAACCCAGCAUCACGCUAUGCUACCUCUCAUAUUCCAUCCUCAUUAUUGUGCCAACCUCUGAAUUCUCCCUGAGGAACUGUAUGAUUCCAGAACCCUUCAAUUACACAGACAAACUGACUGUGCUCUGCUACAAAAUGGGUCUCCUAGCUUUUCCCUCAAAGAUACCCAGCAAUGUAGCGACUUUAGUCAUAUCUUUCAAUUACAUCUCAGAAAUCAGAAAGGAAGAUCUCAGCAGGCUGACAUUUCUGACACAUCUAAAUGCUUCCAACAACAACAUCUCACACAUACAAGAAGGUGCCUUUAGAGACUCAAAAGACCUGGAGGAGCUGAAUCUUUCUCAGAACCGACUGAGCAAUGUCUCAAGAAGUUGGCUGGAGGAUCUGCCUAAACUCUCUAUAAUACGGCUUGAUGGAAAUUUGAUCAAACACAUUGAACCAGAUGUUUUUGCGUCUCUGUCGAGUUUAAAAGUUUUGAAUCUCACUGACAACAAGCUUCAACAGAUUGAGAGAAUCCAGCCAGCAUUUGGGUUGAAUACUCUACAAGAGCUGUAUAUUGGAAUAAACAACCUCAACAUUUUCCAGUCCAGCGAUGUGUCAGUGACGUCCAUUUCGCUGAAAAUGCUGGAUCUUUCGCAGAAUCUCUUGACAAAGUUUCAAAUUACAGAAAACAUUUUUCCUGCCCUGGAGUACUUAGACCUGUCCUACUGUAGCCAUAAUGGAAAUCUAGACUGGAUCGUUCCAAAUGCAACAAUGCUGAAGAAAGUAACAACCCUCAAACUAGACGGAGUGCGUAUUCCGGAAGAAAAAACGGCAGCCAUUCUUGGAACUUUCAAUACAAGUCUUUACAGACUAAGGAUGGAUGACAUUAAGCCAAUUAAGCCUGACCGUCUUUUAAGUGAUGCCUGCUCCAGUGUUCUGAGAGUCCUACACUUUGGGGAGAACAACAUCUCUUCCCUCACCAAACACAUGAUUGCACCCUGCUAUCUUCUGCAACAGCUAGACCUCACAAGCAAUAAUAUUUACCACAUUUCAGGAAAGACUUUCAUGAAUUUCACCCAGCUAAUCUCUCUGCACCUACAGCACAACAAACUGACCAAGCUAAAUGGUGCUUUUAACGGCCUUCCGAGGCUUGAGCUUCUAGACUUGAGUGCAAACAAAAUCAACAAAUUAAACUGCCCAGACUUUGGAAAUCUGAUAAGUUUAAGGAAUCUGUACUUGUACAAUAACAAAUUAUCUUCAGUCAGCGUGUGUUUGUUCAAAAACCUCAAAAACCUCCAAAAGCUGAAGCUAGGAACAAACAAACUGUUGACCAUCAGCACAUCCUUUUUUGGAGUAUUAUCAAACUUGAAGUACUUGCAGCUCAGAUACAACAAAAUAAGUUCACUCCAAAAAAGCACGUUUGCUCAUUUACAUUCUCUUCAAACAUUAGAUCUGGUUGAUAAUCAGAUUUCUGAGAUUGACGAGUACGCAUUUGAGGGAUUGGGAAAUUUAACAUGGCUUUCUCUUGCAUCUAACAAAAUAACAAAAAACACAAUAAAGAACAAAAAUGUGUUUUCAGGACUGUUUAAGCUACAACACCUUGAUUUAAAUAGCAAUUACAUAACAUUUGACAGAGAGCAUUUGACAUUCCCACCAUUCGUUCAUUUGAAAUCCCUUCACACAUUGGCGAUUAACAGCCAGCGCCACCACGGCCUCCAAUUCCUACCUAGGAAUCUACUUGAAGGCUUGACAUCCUUAAAGAUUUUCUAUGCUGGAAACCUCAACAUCAGGUAUCUGUAUAAUGACACAUUCAACAACACCCCUCACCUUUGGCACCUGGAUCUCACAAAAAAUAUACUGUCAGACAAUAGUGCUCUUUCUUCACAAGCUUUUCACCCAAUCCCUGAGCUAACAAGGCUUAUCCUGUCCAGAAGUGGGCUGCAAUCUUUGGACUUCCUGAUCAAAGCAAACCUAUCUAAACUCUCUAUCCUGCGGGCUAGUGGAAAUAAGCUUGCAUCGAUCAACCAGACUUUAAUAGAUUCCAUUCCCAGGCUCAAAUUCUUAGACUUGCAGAACAACACUUUCCCCUGUGACUGUAGCAGUGCUUGGUUCAUUGACUGGUCACUUCUUAAUAACCAAACCCAGGUCCUUUACCUGAAUAAGUACAUCUGCAACUAUCCAUCCGCAAUGAGCAAGAACAGUUUAGAAGACUUCAACACUGAAUCCUGCAUUGUGGAUUACAGCUUCAUUUGCUUCCUCUGCAGUUCUUUGAUAGUUGCCUUCACUCUUGUGGUCUCGUUUGUCUGCAGCUUCCUGAGGUGGCAUCUGGUCUACACAUACUAUCUAUUUUUAGCUCUCCUCCAUGACAGGAAAAGGAAGCAGCAGCAUGGUUUUCAGUAUGAUGCUUUCAUUUCCUACAACACUCAGGAUGAGCCCUGGGUAAUAAAGGAACUACUGCCAAACCUAGAGGCUAACCAGGGCUGGAGACUAUGUCUGCACCACAGAGACUUCCAGCCAGGCAGGUCCAUCACCGACAACAUCAUUGACGGGAUCUACAACAGCCGCAAAACCAUCUGCUUGAUCACCAACAACUAUUUAAGGAGCAACUGGUGUUCCCAAGAGAUUCAGGUGGCCACAUUCAGGCAUUUUGACGAACGGAAAGAUGUCCUGAUUCUCAUUUUUCUGGAGGAUAUUCCCACUCGUCACCUCUCUCCAUAUUAUAGAAUGAAAAAGCUGGUGAAACAACAGACGUAUCUCUGUUGGCCCAAAGCAGGAGACGACACCAAAGUGUUCUGGCAGAAAGUGAAAAUGGCCAUGGAGACCAAGUAGACUGUAGAUGAAGAGAGGCACGAUCUCUCAUGGCAUGAUAAUGGAUGCUAAGUAGAGACGGCAUCACAGUGCUCUAUGCACAUUGAGUUUAAUAUGUAUGCUUUCAUAUUCCUGGAUUUGUGUAAGGUGUGUAAAUCAUCAUGCAUAUACCAAAUUGUACAAAACUCUUAGGCACCAAAACAAAUGGUUGAAAACCAUUUAUCUCAGCAGUAAAUGUGUUUUUUGCCAGUAAAACGUUAAUAUUAAUACAAAUACAUACAUACAAAUAAAUACAUUAAAAAGGAUGAGCUUUGGAAAUGACUAAGCAAACACACUGACAUACAAUCAAAUCAGUAUUUAUCGUAUUAAUGUUAUCAUUCUAAUAUUUGUGUUUUUCUGAGCAAAUAAACAUUUACUGCCCAGCAUUUUCAUCUAUAAUUUUACUAGGUGCCUAAGACUGUAGUAUACAGUAUACAGUACUGUAUAUUUCAUAUCGCUGGUGUCAGAAGAAAACCU